AGCUGUGAUGGAGAAAGUGGCUUUUUGGUGACUACAGAGUGUUCUCAGUUGGAAACAUCCAUCAGCCCAGAUCGGUCGUUUGGUCUGUUGCUGGAUGGAAUCUGUGACAGUUUCUUCUGUGGAACCUUUAAACAAGUCCACUCUCUUGAUUUUUAAUUGUGUGGAUGAAUAUGUGUCACAAGUAAUCUGCCUAUUUGCUGAUUUGUGCAAUUUGCAUUAAGUAACAAAGUCAAGAUUGGGAGACGAGGGAGAUAUUUCCCACAUUGCUGCUGUACACCUAGGAAAAUUGUAAAGAUGCACUGGCGAAUUCUUAUAAUGGUGUGGCGUCGAAAGCUCUACGUGAUGGGAUGCGUCACGGUGCUGGUAGUGGCUGCUUGGGGUUGGGCAACAUUUUCACUAAUUGGCACCCCUACAGCUACAGACAACGGUGUAAAGGGACUUGAGGGAUCUCAGACGGAGAGCCAGGGUCUAUGGCACCGCCUCACAAUCUUCAGACGUGAUCCAAAGCCUCCAACAAACUCUGGUGUAAAAUUUGUGAAACCCACCGGGAACAUACCGCCUAAACCUCAAUCUGAGUCGAUCAUGAGCAAACUAGACAAUCUGUUCUCCAGCAAAUAUGUAGAGAAGCUGCGAAGCCUUAAAGUGCCAGACAGAGAGGAUAUUGGUUGGCGGAGGAAGGCCAUUGAGCAGAGAGCACUGGAGGACAAACAAAUGUACUAUGAUCAUGAACUUCAGCGCAUGGGUGUGCCUGUUAUCAAAGGAAUCGGACCAGAUUCUGGUCUUUCACCACCCAAAGAACGUCUAGUCCAUCUUGAUCUCAAAGGUGCUCCUCCCAAAAUCCAAUACCUUAAGCGUCUCAUCCCGAUACUCAAGUCAUUGGGAGCUACAGGAAUCCUUCUUGAGUAUGAAGAUAUGUUUCCUUACUCGGGUCAGAUAGCUAACAUUGCUGCUCGUAAUGCAUACGCUCGCAAUCGCUUAACAGACUUUCUACAAACUGUCAAGGCAGUCGGAUUAACUGUAAUGCCUCUAGUCCAAACCUUUGGUCACAUGGAAUUUGUGCUGAAAUUAAGAGAGUUCCAGGACAUGAGAGAGAAGCCGGAAUCUCCACAGGCUCUCUGUCCUAGCUUCAACAAAUCCUUAUUGUUUGUUGAAGAAAUGCUGUCGCAAGUCAUAAACUUUCAUAUGAAAAUAGAUGAAUCCGCCACUUUAGACGAGGAUGGAGGAACGGCAUCGCUAAGGCCACAUUUUCGAGCCAUUCACAUAGGAUGUGAUGAGGUUUAUCGAAUGGGGGAGUGUCCAAGAUGUAGAGAUAAAUCUAGGCAUGAGCUCUUCUUAUCUCACGUCUCUGCUGUGGCGACACGAAUAAAAUCUCGCUGGCCAGGCCUAGAUAUAGUCAUCUGGGACGACAUGAUGCGACAGAUUCAGGUGCUGGAUAUUCAAGACUUUAAGCUGGGCGAUUUGGUACAGCCGAUGAUUUGGGUGUAUGCUGAGGAUGUCUAUCGAUUUGUCUCACCACAGACUUUCGAUAAGUACUCAAUGGUUUUCCCAACUGCUUGGGCCGCGUCUGCCUUCAAGGGAGCCCAUGGGGAAACUCUUUUGUUACCACCAUCGCGUCGUCAUCUAGAAAACACUCUCAAAUGGUUAACGGUGAUUCAGAGCGAGAAUUCUCGUUUUAAAGGAGGAAUUCAAGGUCUCGCCCUUACCGGUUGGCAGCGUUAUGAUCAUUUUGCCGUCCUCUGCGAACUUCUGCCCGCAGCCUUACCAAGUCUAGCUGUAAGUCUAGCCAGCGCUUCUAUAGGCUACCUCGAUGUGAACGGGCACAAAAAUGCCAUCCUCAGUGCCCUAUCAUGUCCAGAAAAAUCCGUCGAGAGCUUACAUCGGCGCCCUUGGCUGGAUUUCCAUCAGGAUCCAGAUAUGUCGUUCUUUGCUUGGUGUAUGUUUCCAGGCAGCACGCUCUUCCGAUAUUCCCACCGCCUUCUCACGGCCGUGGCUGAGAGUCGAGACUAUGUGGAAAAUAUCAAAUAUAAGCGUGGUUGGCUGACAGAUUACAACAUUAAGCACAAUUUUACAACCCCGGUUAGAGUAUCCGAACUCGUGGAACACGCCUCGAAACUUAAGGGUUCCCUAAUCACCCUGGCUAAGAACGCAUCCGAUGUUAUGAUGGAUAUUUACGAUAAGUUUACGAUUGAGGAAUUCAUCGAGCAACGGAUUAAUCCUGUCGUGGAUGAGCUUAAUGGACUACUGUCAACGGCAUCUCGUUUGGGAGCUAUUAAAGUCUGGCCACGACGUCCUCUGCCAUACAUUCGCGUCAUUACAGAUAUUAAAUCUCUUACGAAUAGCACUAAGAAAUCCAUCCAUUGAAUACUCAAUUCACAUCCGAAAUUAAGAAAUACAAAUUUGCCACAUCUCAUAAGCAAUACCAUAAAGAAUAAGGUGAAUUUUUUUUUCUAGAAAAAAUAACGGCAGAGUUUAGAAUCAAUACCAUAAUCUUUAAAUGUAAUUGUCAAGUGUUUUAGAGAAAAAAUACAGUAUUUAAGUAAUACUAAGUUUAAGUCAAAGCUAAUAAGUAUCUUUGGAAAUUUUUAAAUUGGUGUGAAUUUUAAGCGAUUAAGGUAGAAAUAUAAAGAAAUUGUAUAAAUGUGGUUUCAUUUGUUAUAUGUAGAUAAUAAAAAGAAAAUGUUAAUUAAAAUUUUAGGCAAAUUCCAUGUUAUUCUCGAAAUUUAGUUGAAAACAAAUUUUUGUGAAACAAAAAAAAAACACUGAAAGACUGAUAUUUUAAUUAUAUAUUUAAUAAUAUUGAGUUAAUAUAUCUUUAUAUUUUAGUUUGUAUUACCAAAAUAUUAUGAGAAAAAUAAAUGAUAAUUUCUUCAUUCCACUCGAGAGAU